AUGCCUAUCAGGCCACCCUCCCCUAUCUCCCUGGGCGCAGCUCUGCCGGCUCACACCGACCAUCCUGUGUCAAUGUCCAUCCCGACCUGGGACGAGCUCUUCAGGUAUCAGGAGGGAGACGAAGUGGUUUGUGGAAGUAUGAAGAGUGGUUAUCCGCGGAUGUUCUUUCACAGGUAUAUCCAGAAGAUCGCCUCAAUAUGCGUGGACCGGUUCGGAAACCCAGAUGAAGACCUCUGUCUCAUGCUCCCAUCUCCUCGCGUUGCUCAAGAAGGACAAGCAUACCUGCUACGCCAAUCACCUCCCAUUCAAUCCCGCACUGUCCCCUUCUCAGUCGCCCCCGAAGUGGAGAUCCAGGUGCUGCUCUAUCCCAAAGACAACCUAGUCGAAGCCAAAGCGUUUUGGCAGUUGACUGGGGAUGGGAUCUCGUCGAGAUUUGCAGAGAUGGUAAUGGGUAUACUUGGGGAGGAGCUGUCGAGUGUGGAGGUAAAGCGCGAAGAAAAGUAUCUCAAAGAUCAGGAGGUCACACCUGAGCUGGCGUUGGAUCUCGAAGGGCUCAAGGGCAAAAGUCUACCGCUCCUCGAGGGUCGUCUGGCUAAGAAGGCGCUGAAGGGCCGCAUAGCACGCGGACUGUCACCGGACGAUGCUCGUCCUCGCGCACUCGCGGCAGGCUUGAGCUCAAGCAAGCCCAUCUCGGAAGAAGACGUAUACCUCUAUCCCACUGGUAUGAGCGCUGUAUGGCAUUGUCAUGAUAUGAUACGGCGUGCUAGGAAAGGGAAUGUCGCUGAAGGAAAGAGCGUAUGCUAUAGCUUCCCCUACAAAGAUACACUUCGCGUCCUCAACCAAUUCGGUUCUGGAUGCCAUUUUCUCGGCGCCGGAGGCACCGCCGACAUACCAGCGCUCGAAGCUAUACUCCAAAGUCAAUCGAAAGACCUUUCAGAGGCACCCAUUCUCGCUCUAGUAACAGAAGUCCCUUCCAAUCCCCUCCUCCGCAGCCCGGAUCUGGCUCGCCUGAGAGAGUUGGCGGAUCAGUACAAAUUUGUCCUCGUGAUUGACGAGACGAUCGGGAACUUUGUCAACGUUGAGGUGAUGCCGUAUGCGGAUGUAGUGGUUAGCAGUUUGACAAAGAUCUUUAGUGGGAGUGGCGAUGUCAUGGGAGGCGGUCUGAUUUUGAAUCCCAAUAGCCCCCACUAUACGGAUCUUAGAGCUGCACAAGAAACGUCUUUCGAGGACCUCUUCUUCUCACGGGACGCAACACGCUUGGAGUACAGCUCUCGGGACUAUGUCUCUCGUAUAAUAGAGGUCGACAAUAACACUUUCGAUAUCACCACCUAUCUACAAAGUCGCUCCCUGGCGGAUGGUAGCACGCCUGAAAACGGCAAAGUAAUCAAAACAGUUUACUAUCCCCGUUAUAUCGCCCCAACAACCUACUCCCAAUCUCAGCGCUUCCCUACUCUUUGCAAGGGCGGCUUCGGUCAUCUCUUCUCCCUCACAUUCACUUCCUUGGCCGCCUCACGGGCAUUCUAUGACAACCUCGAUUGCCUCAAAGGACCCAGUCUGGGUACCAACUUUACGCUGGCAGCGCCAUUCACGGUCUUGGCUCACUAUUCGGAGAUGGACUGGACGGAGGAAUGGGGGGUGGAGAGGGGACUGAUUAGGGUCAGUGUGGGGCAAGAAGAUAUAUCACACUUGCGAAGCGCCUUUGAGAAGGCAGUCAAGGCGGCUGAGGAGGCUGGUAGAACGUAG